AUGGCUGCCCCCUGCUCGAGCGGGAGGAUUCCGGCUUCAAAGAAGAAAUUAACCGAUGCGGAAAUCGAUAAACUAUUGGAUGUCCCGUUGCCACGGGACCAGGUGAAUGCGCUACUUGGAGAAGACUUGCCAUCUGGUAGUGACGAUGAUCGCCUUGACAGUGAAGAUGAUAGCCAGAACGAAGUAGAAGUGGACAGAUGGAGUGAUAUAACCGAUAGCAGUGCGAGUGAGGAGGAAGACGUUGACAGCGAUGCUGAAGGCGAGGGCGCACCAAAACAGUGUCGCAUUCAGAAGGAAAAGCCGAAGGUAUGGCGUUGGGAUAAGAGAGAUAUUCCUCAUUGCACCAAAGUGCACAACGAGCUGAAGCCUAAGGCUGCAGCUGCUGAAGGCAAAACUGCACUGAAAAUGUUCAAGCUCAUGUAUGGUGAGGAUCUCAUUGAGCUGCUAAUAUUUGAAUCUAACAGGCACAGAAUAUCUAAUCGUCCAAAAAUGAUGGUGAUAUCAAAGAAUGAAAUGGAGGUUUUUUUGGGCAUAUGCAUGUACAUGUCAAUAGUCGACAUCUCCUUUAGGCGUUCGUACUGGUCCUCAAACACUAGGCAGGACAUGGUUGCUGACGAAAUGAACAGAUGGGAGGAAAUAUUAUCAGUUCUUCACCUCAACGAUGCUGCUUUAGAAAAGAAGAGUUCUGAGGAAGGCUUCAAUCGCCUCCAGAAAGCUCGUCCAAUGAUCGACCAACUGAAUGCUUCAUUCAAGAAUUUGGCUGAACCAGAGUCUUGCCAGGCAAUAGAUGAGCAGAUCAUCCCCUUCAAAGGAAGGCACUCGCUAAAGGUGUACAUGUCAAACAAGCCAAAAAAAUGGGGAUACAAAGUCUGGGUAAGGGCCGGUCAGUCCGGGUAUGUUCACGAAAUAGAGUUUCACGGAGACAACCUGAAGUCCGACCCGCCUGACGCACCCCAGACUAUUGGCCCGUCAGGACGCGUAGUGCUGCGCCUUGCCAGAGCUGUACCUCCAAGUACGUUCCUUUUUUUUGACAAUUUCUUUGCGUCCCCAGAGCUCCUGGCACACCUAAAGGAUAAGGGACUGCAUGCGACAUGCACCCUGCGCAGAAACAGGGCAGCUAAAUGCCCGUUGAUGCCUGAAAAAGAGCUGAGAAAACAAGGCAGGGGCUCGUUCGACUACAAAGUCGAUAGAGAGCAUGGCAUCAUUGUUUGUGAGUGGUACGAUAACAGGCUUGUAAUGGUGGCCUCAAAUGUGCAUGGUGUCAACCCACUUGUAAAAGUGAGGCGGUUUGACCGAAAAUAA